GAGAGAGAGAGAGAGAGAGAGAGAGAGAGACUCCAUAAAGUCGUCGCAGGACUUUUCCGUCUCCUUUUAACGCCUAAAAAUCGCCGUAAUGGCGGCGAAAGUGUGGAUUGGUACCAAGUCGUCAAUAAUCCGGACAGUGCUGGUAGUUUUUAAACGCGUAAUGAACGUUCAGAGGAUCUGAAGAACAACAAAAACUUUUCUUUUUUUUUCUUCUUCCAUCUGCGGAGCGGAGCGGCCGAGCGGCCGGGGCUAGCUUACCGAGGUUACGGGGAUAUCAGGGGCUUCUGUCGCUUGUCUUUGGAGGAAUGUGAAUUUGCCGAACCGGUCCGGACCCUGUUAUCGUGAACUCUACAACCAGGAUUAAACCACUUUGUUGAACUUUAUCUCCUCUGAAGUCACCAUGUUGGGAAAUACGGCGCUUUACGCGGCCAAGAAACGAAAGAAACCGGUCCAGAAAAUCCCUAAACCACCACCUCCCGAUGGCGCCAAGUCUAACCCGUCCAAACGUCACCGAGACCGUCUGAAUGGUGAGCUGGACAAACUGACCAGCCUGCUGCCCUUCACAGAGGAGGUCCGGUCUCGGCUGGACAAGCUGUCCGUCCUUCGCCUCAGCGUCGGUUACCUGAAAGUCAAGAGCUUCUUCAAUGCCACCAUAAAGAAAGGGCAGAACGGCUCCAGCUGGUCCACUGAGCGGAGCCUGAUGUUCAGGGGAAACGUCCAGAACCCACCAUCCUCCACAACUACCACCUCCUCCCCCCUGUCUUCCCAGGUGACCUCCAUCGAUGGAGUCAGCUUCUCCGAGGGAGACCUGCUGCUCCAGGCGCUCAAUGGUUUUGUGUUGGUGGUAACGGCUGAAGGUUGUGUCUUCUACGCCUCACCCACCAUCCAGGACUACCUUGGCUUCCACCAGUCAGACGUUGUCCAUCAGAGCGUGUUUGAGCUGAUCCACACAGACGACCGGGCUCUGUUCAGGCAGCAGCUUCACUUUGCUCUCAACCCGAGUCAGAGCCAGCAGGACGACGCCAUGGACAGUCAGAGUGAUCAGAGCCCCACUGAGGUCAGCAACACCAUCGUAACCUAUGACCCCCAGACCAUCCCCCCAGAAAACUCCUCCUUCCUGGAGAGAAACUUCUGCUGCCGUUUCCGCUGCCUGCUCGACAACUCCUCCGGCUUCCUGGCCCUGAACUUUCACGGCCGCCUGAAGUUACUUCACGGUCAGACCCGGGUGUUGGACGAUGGGACACUGGUUCCCGCUCAGCUGGCUUUGUUCUCCAUCGCCACGCCGCUGCAGCCGCCAUCCAUCCUGGAGAUCCGAAGCAAGACGCUCCUCUUUCAGACCAAACACAAACUGGACUUCACGCCCAUGGGCAUCGACAGCAGAGGAAAGGUGGUUCUGGGUUACAAUGAAACUGAACUGUGCAUGAAAGGAUCCGGCUACCACUUCAUUCACGCCGCGGACAUGAUGUACUGUGCCGACAACCACCUUAAGAUGAUUAAAACCAGCGAAACCGGCUUGACCGUCUUCAGGCUGCUGACCAAAUCCGGGGUGUGGCAGUGGGUCCAGGCCAAUGCCAGGAUGGUCUUUAAAGCAGGAAAACCAGAUUUCAUUGUGGCUCGGCAGCGAGCACUGACAAAUGAAGAAGGGGAAGAACAUCUUCGGCUCCGGCGGCUGCAGCUGCCAUUCAGCUUUGCCACUGGAGAGGCAAUACUGUACGAUGUAACUCCGAUGGUUGACAUGCUGGACUCCUGCUCCGCCCCUAAGCAGAGGAAGGUAGAUGAGAACACGAUCAGCCCUAACUCCAUUCUGGGCUGCAUGCUAAGGCAGGACCCUUUAAAUUACUGUGACCAUAAGAAUGCUGACUCCCUGAGCUCCCUCAACGACGCUGCCUUCAAGGACACCCACGCCCUGGUCAGUGUUCCCGGGGACAUCUGGAAGCCCCCUACACUCAAAAGUGACCUUGGAGGCUUGGUGAAGGCUGAGUCUACAGUACAGGAUAUGAUAGAUAGCCUGCAGCAGAUCCUUGGAGAAGACAACCUCAGGAGCAGCCUGGAUGUGGAGCUUGAAGAGCUGAAGAGCUGGGAAAGCACAUUGCUGAGGAUGAGAGCCACCAACUGCGAGAUGAGCAAUGACCUGGAUGAGAUUUUCAACAAUGACGUCUUGUCAUUUGUUGAAGAGCAGCUCCAGAAGGAGGGUGGCCUGAAUUUACCAGACCAGCUGGAUGAUGUAACAGCCUGCCUCCCCACGCUGGAUCUCCAGAACGAAGAUCCUCUGCAGUCUGAGGUACAGAACUUUCCAUGGACCAUGGAGCCCCUGAACCAUGUGAUAGCUAACGGAGGCCUGAUUGGAACUGGACAGCAGAAACUGACUCACAUCGGUCCUCUUGAGAUGAGUUCCGCUUCUUUGAAUGGUCCAACUCAUCAGCCACAUCUCACAAAACCACCCUCUGCUGGACUUCAUGCUGAACUCGCCACCACAGGGAGCUUUGGCGUGCCGGUGACCCUUGACCCCUCUGUGCUGUGCACUCAGACACAGAAUGAAAUGAGGACUUUACAAGUCACUGGUAGCCAUAAGAACCGUGACCUGUGCUCUGUCAAGCAAACCCCAGCCAACCAGUUUCACUGUAACCAAAUGCAGCAUCCGAUCCAGAACCACCCUCCGCUUGUGUCGAUGGGCCUCCACGACCAGAGUCCAGAGAGGCAAAUGAAUUCCACAUUUGUUUUUCAACCUGGCUCUUCUGUCCCGAGCGCCAACCAUCCCAACACCUUUAUGAACACCUACAGCCAAAAUAUUUCAACAGACCUGGACUUUGCUGCUGAUCCUUCCUCUUCCAGCUGCUUCCAGGGCCACUUCGCUCUCCAGAAUCCAAAUGACGAGACUCUGAGGCAGUCGUGGCCACAAAAGCAGCAGCUGAUUUCCAGAGGACACCAGCAAAUGGACACCUGCCUUAACCAGAUGCCAGGACUUCAGGGGAAUCCUCUCACCAGGGUCAAUCCGGCUCAGGACUCUAUGAACACCAUGCCAAUGUUUAGGACUGCAGAGACUUUGAAUAUUCCAGCCAUGGAAGUACCGCCUCUGGAACCUUCCAGGAGCUGUAUGUUCAGUAAUGCCACACCCACAGUGCCCGUAAAUGGACUUCAACACGAUCAGACCCCGUCCUGCCACAGACUGAAUCCAGCAGGCAGCCACCUUACCGCCAAACCCUCCUGCCUCUAUCAGGGUCUUCCGGGUGGUGAAUCGGUGGGAAUGGUGGCGAUCCCGCAUGGGAGUCCUGACGACUCUCCGCUGUCCUGCCAUCUGACACCGAGCCUCGACCCUGACAGCCUGCUGGUUCAACAGCCAUACCUUAAUUUCAGUGAACAGAACCAGAUCGGCAGCCGUCCAGUCAUUGGGAAGGGAGGGUUCGAUUUGUCUUUGCUGUCCAACGGGAACGCCUUUUACCUCGACAACAAAUAAAUGUCAGCCGCCCAGGAUCCCAAAACUGAAUUUUAAGGAUGCAAAGACUCCCAUCUCUAAUCCCGGAAGGAGCGCAGACUGAAGAAGAGAAGGACAUCUUCUCUUCACCAAACACUUACAGUCAGUUUUUGCUUCAGGACCAAGAAGACUGGAGCAGGUUGGACGAUGAAACCAGACUGAAUGUGUCCAGGCGCAACUGCGUGUGGCUAAUUUUAACCAAGAGUCAUCCAACAGGGUCGACGUGUCACUCAAACACAGACAAAAGUCCAAAGUCAGAAGGGAAUCAUCAGGUACCCCUCAUCCCAACAUUAAACACAGACCAGGGUCUGUCCAGGGUCUACGACCGGGGGGCAUGUGGGUGGGGGUAGUUUCUCAGUUUUGGUCUCCUGUCUAUAACAUGCUGUCCAAAGUCAAUAAAUCUGAAAAUGAUAAUUAGUCAGGGCAGUGGUUUUGAACCCGGUCCUGAAGGACCACCUAGUCUACACAUGGUCUGCCUCUGCCUGCUCUGCCGCAAGCUGAUUGGUUCACUCAGGCAUCUGUUAGCAUUCGAUUGGCUGUACAUCUGAACAAGCUAAUCAGGUUUUGGCAGAGCAGGUAGAAAUGACACACCUGUAGACUAGGUGGUCCUUCAGUGCCACUGAGUCAGCAGGUUGGUCUCAGAUAGACUGACUCUUCAGUAGCCUCAGUGGGACAUGUAGACCUGGGUUUGACUGCUGACCAGGCUACAUGUCUCUGUCCUUGGACAUUAUCCACCCUCUGCAUUGCCCCAGUCCACCCAGCAGUAAAAGGGUUCUGGCCUUGGCUGGAGAAGUAACCUGUGAUGGACUGGUGUCCCGACCAGGGAGAGUCUCAGACUCUCAUCCGCUUCACCCUACGGAAUCUGGAUAAGAGCCGGCACCAGUGAGCCUCGGAGCCUCUAUUAGGACUGACUGCUUGUUGGAGAGUUGGCAGGAGUCAGAAUCCUGACUGGGAGACCCUGGCCAGGUUUGGACAUGACGUCAUUCUCACCAAAAUAAAAGACUUCUUUUAAAACAACGUUCUGCCGUCACAUCCAGAGGCAGUUAUCCCUUAAACUCCUAACUUACCGUCUUACAUUAUAAGUUUGUCUCAAAGUCUGACUUAAAAUCCCCAAGCAAGGGUUGCAGUACCAAUCACAGCCUGUAGGGGGAGUUGGUAGCCUUGCAGUACACAGAAGCUUUACUAUUUUACCUUUUUUAAUCACAUUGUGGAUAAAUUAACAAGCAAAGCGGACGGGAGGCCAAAACGAAGAGAGCCAUUUAUUUCCACUGUUGGUGUGGACAAAGUGGGAAUUGCAGCUGUGGAGCCGCGUCUCUCGCCGUGGUUACGGUAUGUGCUGGAUUCAGUCUGGUUAAAGAAACUUUCCUCAAUAUUUGCCAAAUGUCUUUUGUGUGUUGUGUUAUGAUUUUGUAGCAACUUUGCUGUUUCAGAAUACGUCUCAGAUCUUUGUCUGUCCCCACGAGCGAGGACGCCAUGUGAACAAUCAUGCAAAUAAUCGCAAUAACCAACAUCGCCAGGUCCAAUCGCAGGAUGCCUGUUGGGGGUUUGUAACACUGACGGUGCUUUGAAGCGACACAACUUAAAGUUUAAAGGGAUACUCUUUUUUUCCCACAAUGGAAAAUUAGCUUAAAUGAGCACAAUUAGCUCUUUAAUGUAAAUGCGGCACAUAACGUGAGGUCACACUUGGGAUUGGCAAAGCAAAUUUUAUCCAUGUGGAUUUGCAGAGUGGACGGAGCUAGCAGCUUGCGAUGCCCGUUGAGCUUCCAGUGUGGUGCUAAUCAUCAUAUUUAUAUUUUUUAAAAAGACAAAAAAAAAAAAAGUGAAAUCAUUUACUAAAAUCACUAACCGGGCAGCAUCACAAAGUUAACCAGAAUAUACAAUGGCUACAUGCAAACUACUCAGGCUAACUGGCUUGGUGAGUGUUUGCUAUGCUAGCCAGCUAGCUUAGUUGCAAGCUGUAUAAUGAGGUGAUAAUUAGUUAAAGGUGAUGUAAACUGUUAAUCAAUGUUUUCCGGCAGCUGCACACAGCUAACGGUAACGCUCAGGCUAAUGGUAGCAUGGACAAGAUAAUGAUAAAGUUGAGUGUAAUUAUUUGUGGAAAAAUGUCAAAUGUCCAAAACAUAUUCUGCCACCUGAAAACAAGAUACGCAUCAACUGAACAGCGCAUUUUUGAUUAAACAGGAAAUAGAAGCGCUGAUAUGAAAACAGCAGAUAGAAUUCAUUGACCAGAGGGGGCGCUCUGUUAGUGAAUAUUAUUAAUUAGAUAUUGUCCACAGCAUGGCCUGAAUGUGUUUCUGUGAUCGCGUUUGUGACGCUGUAAUGGCAUCUGAAGUUUAAACAUACUGAACUUUGACCUCAAGUGCCUGAACCUUUGUCAGCGUAGAGCUGAGAGUUCCCAUUCUGGAAGUGUGCAGCACAAUUGUAGAAGUGAUCUUGGACAAAUGUACCCCUGAUUUGGCUCUUUGGAUAAAGACUUCAGUUUCCAGCAUGGACGGAUUCCUUCAAUACUUGUUUAGAAUUUGUCGCAGUUCACGAUCAGUUGCAGCGGAAACAGUAAAACUGUUGAGUGUUUGCAUUUUAGAAAAUGAUUCUGAAAUCAUCAGAAAUUUUCUUCUCUGCCAGAAAUUACAUAAAAAUGGCAACUGCUUUUAUGAAAGUUGAUCAUGUGACAAGUCUCAUUAGCACUUCAGCUUCAUCUCCGUUUGUCAGCACGACCUCUUAAAGUUCACCAGCGUCGCACUCGCUGUGAAUGUCUCACGGCGGGAAAUUAAAACAGUUGGUGCCAAAAGGCCGGUGUGACCGAGUGCUUAAAGCGAGCGCUUUACCAAAGCUCAGCGAGGGUCAAACUCCGCGGACGGCUUAAUUACGUAAAAAAAAAAAAAAAAAUCAGACAAAAAAAAUACAUUCAAGUUUGCACAAAUUCAAGCACUUAAAUUCUCACUGAAUCUAAAUUCAACACUCAGAAACUUUCACUCAAAUCAACAUUGGUGCGAGAGAAAACCGUGUAAAAGGUCUUCAUUAAAAAUGACGUUUUAACCACAUGGGGGCCAUGUUUGAAUUUAAUGCCACCAAGGCGCCACCUGAUUGGCUUAUUUUCUGUCCUCUUCCUGUUUCUGCACUUAUGCUUCAUUUAGUACCAGUUCUGUUGAAAGCGGGAGCAUCGAAACACAGAAGUUAAACGGUAACGGCAGCUAAUGUAUAGUUUCACAAAAAAAUAAAAUAAAUGAAUAAAGAACACUUCGUGUGCCUUCGCGACAAGUCGCUCAACUCGCACUCGCUCCCGCUGUCCGUACUGAGCCAUUACACGUUUCUUACAAGCUGUGGAAACAAAACCAAACAUUGAUGUUUUAACGACGAGGAUAGCAAAGGGACGAAGAACUUCUCUCCAAAAACGUCUCUGUCUCAAAGCAUUGUGGGAAAUGCGGUAGACCAGGAGGCAGAGUCAAAAAAAAAAAAAUCUGUUUCCAAAACUUUACAAGAAUCCCCACAUUUCUUAUGACAGAAUAUUAUUAAUGUAACAUGAAAAUAAAUUUAAUUAAAUACUAUUUGGGUUAUGGUGAAAUUAAAACAUAAAAUGAUCACAUUUUGCAAGACGUUAAUAGUUUGAAAUCAAACAACUGGAUUGUUUCAUAAAAUUAAAAUAUUAACACUGACAUAAUACUGAUGCAAGAGUAACAUAAUAUU